AUAACUCCUCCCAUGGCGGCCAUCAUGCACGAUAAAACGACAAACGGAGUUACUCUUCCGUUGUACAACACUCCUUCAUUUGCAGGUCAAAGAAAAUUGUAUUACUUGUCACCGGAAGAAUUUCUGAUCCGAUAUGGCAAGUAAGAAACAAAGACAAGAAUUUCUCGUUCAAAAGACAGAUGAAGAAAAUAUGCGGCCAGUCAAACGCAUCGAACCUCGUUUUCAGGCUGAUUUGCCACAAUUCAUUGGGCCCGCUCGUUCAAAAGACGAUGAGGAGAGUAUCCGGUCAAGCAAACGCAUCGGACCUCGUUUUCAGGCUGAUUUGCCACUAUGCAUCGGGCCCGCUCGUUCGAAAGACGAUGAGGAGAAUAUCCCGUCAGUCAAACGCAUCCGACCUCGUUUUCAGGCUGAUUUGCCCCUAUGCAUCGGGCCCGCUCGUUCAAAAGACGAUGAGGAGGAUAUCCGGCCAGUCAAACGCAUCGGAUCUCGUUUUCAGGAUGAUCUGCCACGAUUCAUCGAUGAGGUGAAUAUCCGGUCAGUCAAACGCAUCGGACCUCGUUUUCAGGCUAAGUUGCCACAAUUCAUGGGACUCGCUCGUUACAAAUCAGACAAGAGUAACUUGAAGUGGCUAGGAACAAAAAUUUGGCCCGUCGAAAGCAAUCAGAAAAAUGACGAUUAUGCCCUUCGGACAACUAUGGAUCUGCUCUAUGAUUGUGCAUGCCAAGACCCGACAACAAAAAGCUCGUCGACGAGAAAAAGACAAAGAGACGAAGAAUGAACUCGAUCAGUUCUGUUGUUUUCAUGAUGGGAAGAAGUUCGAUGAAGUGGGAUAAGAAGCUUCUAGAGAGUUUGUGUUUUUCUUUUAUUUUUAUGUUUUCAAAUUCCUGAAAUAGUGUUUGUUAAUCGUAUGAGAAAGUUACGUACAUCUUUUUUUUUUUUUUUUAAUCUUAUUUAGUUCGAUG